AUGGCAGGCCUUCAGUUGCCCGCGGACAUGGUCCUCGCUUACAAACAGUACAAAAAAGACACGGAGCUGGUGGCAGGAUGGCUGGCUCAGAAGGCUGCAUCAUGCGGCUACAAACCCAACAUGACCACCACGAAUGAGCCCAAGCUGAAAGGAAGAGCUCGAAAGCUGGCUCGUGAUGCUGCCAAGCAGUCUGGUAUACCGCAACCGUCAAGAACGGUCAAUUCCAUCAAGACCACAGAGUUUGUCGAAAUGGCAGGUCACAUCGCCAAAGCUCGGCCCAAAAUCGUCCUCACGCGCCAGAUCCAUGCUAUCUGGGAGCGCACCAUUCGGGCUCGACGCGAGUUUACUGCCUGGUUCAAGGCAAAAUCCGAUGUUGCCAGCUUUACGGACGAGAAACAUUCACACUUUGUUACGAUCCUCCAAACUGCCCUUGAUACUCUCAAGCCAUGUUUCGAGCCAGAAAAGGCCCCUCCAGCAACCGCUGCCACAAAAGCCACCACUCCCCUGAGCACACCUCUCGCAAUGGUGAACAAUAUGUUCCAGCAUCUCGAGCUGGAGGACACGACCCCGGAAGAAGAAGGACUGGCAAAUGGUACCCCAAAUUCAGCUGCUGCCCCUGGUCCCGUCCCUGCUGUUGCAAGUGUUCGUAUCGAAUUCGACGACAAAGAAACAGAAGAAGAGUUCCACUUCGCCAUUUGGUCAUUCCUGCAGGACAUCCAAGCAGUUCGGGUCUACUUAUUAUCGACGUGGCAACUUUAUGCCGGGGGAAAGAUUGAGCUUAUGCAGGCCGCAUGUGUCACGAACCUGGCCGUCGACAUGGUCCGCAGGGCGGAAGCCGACUUUGAGUCGACUCUUCGACGUCCUUCCAAAUAUCCCGCUGCAAAAUAUCCCACCGGGUCGCUGCCUUUCAUCAUCUUCAAGGAGCACCUUCCGCAUGCCAAUGGAGGCCAGCCUCUUGAGUUCGACCCGGAUCUACCUCAAACAAUCAUCAUAUGUGGCUGUGAAAUCUGCGACUUCUUGCUGUACGUUCCAUGGGCUAUGGCCAAGUCCUAUGUCGAUGUGCUGAAGGAGGAGCCACCCACGUUACCAACGGCCAAGAAUGACUUUUCUGUUCGAGUGCCGCCAUUCCCGAACACUCGAACAUACCAAUCGGAACGCUAUCAUGCACUGAAUCCGAGCCAGAUGUCCCAGACCCAGCUUGUCGAAAUCUUGCCCAACUUUUGUAUGCUGUCUCUCAUGCUGAAAGGCGCCUUUAUUGAGGAUGAAAUCCUGCAUGCCGCCAGACACGUCCUGCACAACCACAACGUACCAGUCUGGGUGAGCUUUGCACUUCAGAUCCAGCUUGACAUCCAGCGCGUGGACUCAAUCCUGCAUCUCCCGGCAUUCGAGGACCUGAAGAAAGCGUAUGCCGUCACAAAGCAGAAAUACAAAGAUCACAGAAAGUGGACCAAGUCUCUCGGGUUCGAAAUCUGGGACAAGCGUCGCCAUAACCAUGUUGCCAUGUUGACCGAGCAAUUCGGUGACUGGAUAGAAGAAGGCAAACCUGGGAAGGCAGAUCACGUCGAGGUGAUUCGAAGAAUGUCGGAAGGGCAGAGCUUUGAGCAAGCCGCCAGAGAAAGCAAAAGGGUCCCACUGCUGGAGUACUUUCCGGUAACGUGCGGGACUAUGAAGACCGAGAUGCAACUAGAGUGGCAUGUCCUUGGCCUAAAGUUGGUCAACGACACUGGGCAUGUCACAUUGCUAUGCCACCUGUACAAUGCUCUGCACAUCAUCAAUCCGAAAGCCCCCAUUUGGCCAGAUAUGGAGCUUGUAAUUCGCAACCAGAAAGCCGAAAAGAUCUUUAUCGGAGGUCGCCCCAAGACACUGGAGGAUGUGGAAAAGAAGGUACUGAUGGCGAUGGGCAUGUCAACCACGAGUCUCGCCAAGGACUCUCGCGGUGUCCGUUUCAACAAGGCAAAAGUCCACGAGCGUGGCUUUGACCAUGCACCCAUUGCGCACAAUCUCUUUGAGCGUUGGCUCGGCCAAGAGACACGAAAGCAUGACGAAGCGGCUUAUAGACUACAAGAGCUUCUGUUCGGUACGAAGUACCAGCGUGACCUCCAGGACAGACUCUACGCCGUUGAAGCUUCAGACUCGGAAUUUGCGGAAAUCCGAUCCCAGCUCACUCCUUUGAACACAAAGAUGGUGCGGACUCUGGGUAACCUGGCUCAAGGAUUCAUGGCUGAGAUGCCGGCCUUCGCGUUCGAUUACUUUUCAAUGCAACGAACGUGCUUUGAGCUCUAUCGCCAGAUCAAUAAAGGCUUUUUCGACCUCGAUGACAUCCCCGAAAAACUGAGCGCGGACGAAUUGAUGAGGAACUGCCCCGCCCAUGUGACGAUGUCUAUGAUCGGGUCUGCCGUCAGAUCCGAGGCCAUGAAUAGAAUGCUGAAGAGGAAAGACAAGUCGAUCCACAAGGCUCUCGGCCCGACGUGGGCCAAGCACAUGAAAUCACUCGCCCCUGAAUCCAUGGACGUGGAAGUACGCCAGGAGAUGGAGCAAAUGUUGAAGGCGACAACCGACGGCGACAUCCAGAGUGUCGUGAGCAAGAUCUGGGAUAUCAACGAGUACUCUGUUUCGAAUAAGCUAUUCGAGCCAGUCCUUUCGGCAAUUUCUGGGUUGAUCGAACAGAAGAAACAUGACUUUGAGCUACGGAAGCUGCGCAAGCUAGUAAGCGAAACCUCCUAUGGGAUAUUUCUCUUCCGUCAUCCAAGUCUCGAGAACUUAUACGGGCCUGGCAGCCUCAAAGAAUGGGAAAACAUGGCCUUCGCGGAAAGUGAGAUUCAACGCCGGACAGAGUUCAGAGCAGACAGCCUGGUCUUCUACGUUUUCUCGAGCUCGUUUCUGUAUCAGAGAAAAGUUCUGAACGGCAAAGGUAAAGAUUCUCAUGCUUACAGUGCCCAUAAUGGUCUAAGCCGGGAUGAAUAUCUUGAGCGCGAGGACGAUUUGCGGCAGGAGCUCCAGAAGGAACAGGCUGAGCAGGCCCUGAAGGACGAUUGGGAGAAUUGUGGUGAGAUUUACGGCAAGGAGACGAACAGUCAGGAAUGA